AUGGUUAACGUUUGGUACGCCAGUGCACUGUUGGCCUCCGUUGCUGUGAAAGUUAAAGCCGACGUCUGCGGAGAUGCUUCCGUCACGGAUGGCACCGCAACCAUUACUCAGUCGGCGCCAACGACGACUUCGACAGUCUUUCCGGAAUGGACGCUCAGCUCACUCAAGCACCCUACCAUCACUGGCCACCGGGGUGCCCCGGGGUAUCUGCCCGACCACACCAUUGAAGGUUACACACUCGCCAUUGAAACCGGCGUCGAUGUCAUUGAACCCGACCUUGUCAGCACUAAGGACGGCGUACUUGUUGUACGUCACGAACCCUACAUCGACGGCACCACCAACGUGGCCGACCACCCUGAGUUUGCUGACCGUCUCACCACAAAGACAGUCGACGGUAUGCCGAUACUCGGCUAUUUCGUCAGCGACUUCACGCUCGCGGAGAUCAAAACGCUGCGCACCGUGCAGCCGUUGCCCGAACGCGACCAGAGUUUCGACGGACUCUACGAAAUCCCGACAUUUGAGGAAGUCAUCCAGCUCGCACAAAACAAGUCUGCCGAGUACAACCGCACCAUUGCCAUCUACCCAGAGGUGAAGCACUCGAGCUUCCACAAGGCGCUUGGGCUGCCUAUUGAAAACACUAUGCUCGAACUACUGACCAAGUACGGAUGGAACCACGCUGACGCCCCCGUCUUCAUCCAAUCCUUUGAGACUGCAAACCUGCGGGAGCUGAACGAGAUUACUAACCUCACUCUUGUGCAGCUAAUCGAUGGCUUCGGCAAUGACCCGCUGACGGGUGAAGUCCUUUUCCAGGCACCGUCCGAUCGUCCAUACGACUGGACUCUGGCCAACCGUACCGACUACUUCGGGUACCUCACCACGCCCGCCGGUCUUGCUGAGAUUACCACGUACGCUGAUAUUAUUUCUCCUUGGAAGCGAUACCUGCUUAAGUCGAUUGCCGUCAAGGCGGACGCGAACGGUGGCGUCGUGGACUCAAACGGUGACGGCAGAGUCACAGACGCUGACUAUGCAAUCGUUGAGUUUCCGAACAUUAUCGAGGACGCACAUGCCGCCGGUCUGAAGGUUCACACGUGGACGAUGCGUGACGAGAACUAUCGACUGGCGGCGAAUUACUCUGGUAACGCAACGCUGGAGUACUUGGCGUUGUUCGAUAUGGGAAUUGAUGGUGUGUUUAGUGACAACUGCAAGACGGCUGUGGCUGCUCGUGAUGCGUGGCUGGCCCAGCAGUAGAUACUUGAAAGUAAUUCUCCACUUGAGGCUAUUAGCUCAGUAAUACUACGUGGUGUGCGAGUUUUA